AAUCAUACCACUGACUGAUCUGAAAUCCAUCGUCUCCAAUCCCAAAUCAAACCGUCUCACUCCACAAUGGAAAUAGAUCCUCUCCCGAACGGAAACUCCGCUGCAUCAACGCCGUCAACAGCUUCACCGGCGCUAACUCCGUCAACGACGUCACUUCUGCCAACGGCAACCGCCACCUCAUCGAAACUAGCGGAGUCGUUAAAGCUAGAACACCAAUUCUUGCGCGUUCCGUUCGAGCACUACAAGAAAACGAUCCGAGCUAAUUACAGAGCCGUUGAAAAAGAAGUGUCGUCUAUAAUUUCCGGCGUCAAUGACGUGGCGAAUUCUGAUUUGUCUAAAGAUUACGCUGUUGAACACCUUACUAAUCUCGUUUCCAAAUUGCAAGGUCUCAAAAGAAAGUUGGAGGAGGGAAGUAAAACAGAGAACUUGCAAGCGCAAAGGUGUCGAGCUAGAAUUGACCAUUUAGAAUCAGUAGAUUCUGAGAAUUUGUCUGAAUGGAACAACAUACGUCUGAAGAGGAUUCUUGUGGAUUACAUGUUGCGUAUGUCCUAUUACGAAACUGGAAUGAAGCUAGCUGAAAGCAGCAAUAUGAUGGAUCUUGUUGAUAUUGAUGUAUUUCAAGAAGCAAGAAAAGUUAUUGAUGCGCUUCAGAAUAGGGAUGUUGCUCCUGCUUUAGCCUGGUGCGCUGAUAACAGGUCCCGGUUGAAGAAGUCCAAGAGCAAAUUGGAAUUCCAGUUGAGACUUCAAGAGUUCAUAGAGUUAGUGCGAGCUGAUAAUAACAUGCGUGCUAUUGCAUAUUCUCGGAAAUAUCUUGCUUCAUGGGGAUCUACUAACAUGAAAGAAUUACAGCAGGUCAUGGCAACAUUGGCUUUUAAAUGUCACACUGAAUGUUCAAAAUACAAGGUACUAUUUGAUCUGAAACAGUGGGAUUACUUAGUCGACCAAUUUAAACAGGAAUUCUGCAGGCUAUAUGGCAUGACACUUGAGCCUUUGCUGAAUAUAUAUUUACAGGCAGGCUUAUCAGCAUUAAAAACACCAUAUUGUUAUGAAGAUGAUUGCACAAAGGAGGAUCCUUUAUCGCAAGAGAGCUUCCGGAAAUUGGCAUUGCCUCUGCCAUAUUCUAAGCAGCACCAUUCAAAGCUGGUUUGCUACAUAACUAAAGAGCUGAUGGACACCGAGAAUCCACCACACGUCUUGCCCAAUGGUUAUGUCUACAGUGCUAAGGCCCUCGAGGAGAUGGCAAAGAAAAAUAAUGGUAAAAUAACGUGUCCUAGGACGGGUUUGGUUUGCAAUUUUUCGGAGGUGGUAAAGGCAUAUAUAUCAUGAGUGCAUGUUUAAUAAAUUUCAUAUUCAUCUCUGAAGUCAUUUGUGAAUACUAACAACUUACAAAAACUUGUUUUUGUACAUAUGCAAAAAAGUUCAGGACUUCUUUCAGCGUUGGUCGUCGCGUCCUUUUCCCUUCUUAAUAAAUAAACUUUCAAGUUUUUAUUUGUUA